AUGAGAGAUUCAGAAUCCCGAUGGAAAGAAUCUGACGAGGAGACGUCAUUACAGGACCGAUUGCAGGCUCAGGCCUCUGGUUUCGAUGGCCUGCUCAGUCUCAUCCCCGCCAAGAUGUACUAUGGCGAAGACAAUGCUCCUGGCGGCCUGGCAGCCUGGCAGCAUCUCCACCCAAAGAACGCACGCCUAACACAGAGACAACAGCAAGAUCAGUGGAAGAGAAAGAAGCAGAGCAAAGCAGAGGCCAAGGCCGCCCGCCGCGCAAAGCUAGACCCAGACAGCCAGCUGAACCGCAACGCCAAGGAGGUCAUGGACCAGCGUGCCCAGAAUAAGCGAAAACUCGAACAGGUUGACCAGGACGGCUCCGACGACGACGACGACGACGACGAAGCCGAUGACGCUUCCGGGGGUGCCAGCGACAACAAUGACCCUGAACAGAUGGACGACUCGGCCAUCAACGUCGAGAAGCCGCGCGAGGGUCUGAAGAAGAAGAAGGACAAGGGCGAGCAUCAUCAGCAGCACAAGAAGCAGAAACGCGAUGCCGACGUCGACGACGACACAGAGAAGAAUGACGAAGGCGACGGAGGGACAAGAGACGAUGGUGAAUGGGAGGAUGAUGUUGAUGACGAAGACGGCGAUGUCGGUGGAGAAAGGAUCAAAUUGUCGAGAAAGCAGGCCAAGAUGGCGGCCAGGGCGGAGAAGCGCAGAGAGAGGAAGGCGGAGAAGAAGGCCAAGAAGGCCGAGGCCGCAACAGAGGUCAAGUCUACGGAGACGACCGAGCCUAAAGAAGCCGCUCCUGCUCACAAGAAGAAGUCCGCCGAGAAGAAGAAGGCGGCCACCGAGAAGGAGGCUGCCACCGAGGGGGAGGCGGCCGAGGAGAACCGGAAUCAGAACAAGGACAAGGGCGAGCCCGAGCCCGAGCCCGAGCUCGUGCACCAAGCCACCGUAGAGGAACAGCAGCAGGAGGAAGAUGGCAGCGCAUCAGCGGAAUCAGGCCCUCAAUCGCCGACAUUCGACACUGGCACGCCCAACAACAACAACAACAACAACGACAACAGCAAUGCAGCCGACGCGUCCAGCGCACCAACCUCUGUCUCAUCCGCCGCAGAUGCGCCCGUCAAGCCGAAGCACAUCAAGAUCCCCAACGACACGUCGGCGCUGCGGGCUCGGCUGGCGGCCAAGAUCGAAGCGCUGCGAGCGGCGCGCAAAGCGGACGGGCCGGACGGCAAGCCGAUCCGCACGCGGCAGGAGCUGAUCGAGUCGCGACGGCACAAGGAGCUCCAGCGCAAGGCGCGCAAGGAGGAGCUCCGCGCGGCGGCCAAGCUGGAGGAGCAGCGCCUGCGCGAGGAGGCCCUGGCGACCAACUCGCCGAGCGUCAUGUCGCCGGCCGUGGAGCUCGGGGAGGACGACGGGACCGGGUCGGGCAACCUGGCCUUUGGCCGGGUCUCGUUCGGAGACGGCAGCCAGCUCUCGCACGACCUCAGCUACACGCUCCGCGACGGCGGCGGCAACGGCAGAAAGAGACCGGGACCGUCCGACCCCAAGACGGCCCUCCUCAAGGUCCAGGCCCAGAAGAAGCGGCUGCAGAACCUGGACGAGGACAAGCGCAAGGAGGUUGCCGAGAAGGAGGCCUGGCUCGCGGCCCGCCGUCGCGCGGAGGGCGUAAAGGUGCACGACAACGAGGCCCUGCUCAAGAAGUCGGUCAAGCGGAAGGAGGCCCUCAAGCGGAAGAGCGAGAAGGCCUGGAAGGACCGGCAGAAGGGCGUAGCCCACGCCCAGCACGAGAAGCAGAAGAAGAGGGAGGACAAUAUCCGUAAGAGGAGGGAUGACAAGCUCGCCGCCAAGAAGGGUAAAGGUAAAGGGAAGAAGAGCAAGAGUGGUGGGACCAAGAAGAAGGGUAGACCUGGAUUCGAGGGUAUCGGAGGAGGAAAGUGA